GUAACUCCCAUUAUAAACAUCUCUUAUGGCUCCCGCUGCAGCAAGGAAGCCGAGAGGAAAGAAGGCAACGAAGGAAAACACAUCACGCCAAACUUCCUUGCUCCAUGCCUUCGCGGUUCGUUCAACGUCGAAGAGGGCAACCCCGGUGACCUCGGCUGCCCCCUCCGAGAAUGGCUCUACCGCGGGAGAGGAUGUCAUCGACAUCCCGUCCUCCGACCCGGAACCGCUCGCGGACCUGCCAGUGGAUUCUUCCAGCCCGAUGACCGUAGACGAGGAUCUGGGACAGAAGGACAGUGCCCCGUUGCGAGUGGAAGUGAAGUUUGGUUCUGCAAAUCAAGCUGGCGGUAGCCGUGACGCACCCAUAGUGGUCGCCGACAGUAGCCCCAUCGCUUCCCCAGUAUCUCAGCCGAAGCCCAACAACGCAAAGCUUCCUCCUCCACCUAAACCACUAUUCUCGAUCUUCGCGCCAAAGAAACGACCUGACGAGCGGGAGUCAUCACCAAGCAAGCUCUGCGGCAAACCAACCACUGUUCCUCCUCCCUUUCCAGAUGAGAUUACUCAACACGUACGCGGACCUCAACUCGAAGCUAGCGUACCCCUGACACAGCACACCCGUCGCGAUGCUCUCCGCACGCGAACAAAUGCCGAAGAGGAUAGCGCCAUCUAUUCCCGACUUAACCGGAGCUCUAAAACCCCAUCUACGAACAACACUGAUUGUACUUCCUUUGCCACCCUGAUCGAGCCUUCCGACUCUACCGCCACAGAUUACUGUGUCAACAGUAUACCACCUCAUCACCGACAAUACCCUGCCAUCCGCCGCCUCUUGAACCCACGUUCCCCUCCAGCGUCCGCCUUAGCCGAUGGCUCAGAGAGCUCCAACUUGCUCUGGAAUGACAAAUGGCGCCCGAAGCGCGCUGACGAGGUCUUGGGUAACGAGCAGUCCGCGCUCUACCUUCGAGACUGGCUCCUUGCUACGAGACUACGCAUCCACGGCACGGACGAAACACCGGCGUCUAGUCAGGUAGCCUCUGACAAGAAAGGAAAGCAGAAGGCAGCAAAGGCCAAACCCAAAGCAAAGGGCUCUCGUGGUGUGAAACGGCCUCGUAUAGUCCGAGACGUUGGGCGCAAGCGGCGACGAGUGGACUCCGAGGAACCUGAGGACUUCUGGAUAGCAGACGACAACCCGGACGAAGGCGCGGAUUCCGACGAUCCUAUAGACCUCAUCUUCGCAUCCGAAGAUGAUAUCAUUGGGCAGCCUAUAUCGCGUCUCAAACGCAUAGGCGACAACGACGCUGAGAUCGAUUCAGAGCUCCUUCCCAUUGAUGAGACGGUUGAACACCCACCUGGGCCACCAUCGGACGGCGUUCUCCCAUUUGCCUACAAACCCGCGAAAUUCGGGGAAACAGUGGGGAACACGAUACUCUUGGCCGGCCCCUCCGGUUGUGGGAAAACAGCCGCCGUCUAUGCCUGUGCAGAAGAGCUGGGCUGGGAGGUCUUCGAAGUCUAUCCCGGCGUCGGAGAGCGAAGUGGCGCCGCGUUGCAGAAGCUGAUAGGCGACGUCGGCAAAAAUCAUCUGGUCAAGCAGGCUCAGUCGAAGGUCAAGUCCGAGAAGGACAAAGCACUGGCGGAAGCGAAACACAAUUUCUUCGCCAGACGCGUAGUGUCUGAUGACGAGACCGACGUCUCAGAGGCCCCUCCACAAGCCGCAGGCGUCCAGGUCCAGGUCCAGGAACCGCCUCAGCCUGAGCCGGCGGAGGUCAGCCAGUCAAUUAUUCUAGUUGAGGAGGUCGACAUCCUUUAUCGCGAGGAUGCAAACUUCUGGCCGACGAUGAUCAAGAUCAUCAAGGACUGUCGUCGGCCAGUAGUGAUGACUUGCAAUGAUCCUCACCUUGUCCCAACACACGAUCUACCUCUGCAGGCUACGCUCCACUUCGUGCCUUGUCCACCUCUUCUUGUUUCGUCAUAUCUGCGUCUGCGAUCUUCGACUGCAAGUCGUAAGACAAUUACCGGCUUGGCGAGCCAGCUAUACGAGGGCCUGGCAAGGCAUGUUGAGCGACAAGAGUUUCGUUCCGACAACACACUGCAUCCUCACUGGAUCUCUGAGACGCCACCCGACUUACGGCGUACGAUCAACCAGCUUCAGAUUGGUACUCAUGCACUCCAUGAGGACGAUUAUCGCUCCAUGGAUAAUCCUAGCAAUGACCAAUCUCUGCAAAGGCUGAAGCGAAUAGCUUGGUCGCUAGAGCUUUGCUCCUUCUCAGACAGUUGGCUGCGCCGACCUGAUGCUGAAGUUCUGCGUGACUUGUUGGCGAAUGGCUCCUCGCCUUGCGGGGACGAUGUACUCGGCUUCAAGCACCUGUCGGCAGAACCCUGCGACAUCUCAUCAAAUCUCCCAGUAACGUUCUCAACCUACCAUCGCGACGAGACUAUCCGUGAAGAGCUUCUAUCGCACGCCAAACAAUUCGACCCUGUCCCUGACGACAAUCUACGCGACAUCCCAAGCCUGCCUUCGCUCCACACUGCCCACUGUGGUACCCUUCUCCCGAUCUUCGAUCGCCUCCGCAUUCCCCGCGAGGAUCUCGUCCGGGACCCCAACGCGAUCUUCCUGGACUACGAGCCCUCGAUUCGUUAUAUGGUUCGUGCCGACGACGCCUGCGUUGCAACCAACCUCGCGAGUGGGCGAUUUGAGGGCACGACUCGCCGCACGCGAAACUCACAGCGGAGUCAGCUGGAACUCCAGCGGUGGGUCCCUCUAAACGAGGAUGAGCGUGACAUCCUCUAUCGCACUGCGCUCGAGGUGAACGAUGGAAUGCCAGCGGCGCAGCAUGCGCCCCCUUUGUAG